CAUCCGGGUCUCUCAGAUUGCUGUUUGGCGACCCGUCGCCAUUAGAGCAAGCGCUUCGUAACGGCUUUAUUUUUUUGGUCAAAAUCUUUUAAUUGACACGUUUUCCAGCUCUUGGAAAACACUUACCGCCUUGUCAAGGGCGUAUUGUUUUCCUUAACGAGUAAAAACCUAAAAUUCGGGGGUUUUGGCCCCGUGUGACGAGCUUUCGUCCUCUCCACCAUCAGACUCCAGAACUUGAGACGCCGAAAUCGUGUCUCUUAUUUUUCUCGGGUUUGUUUUGCUGUCAAGAUGUCGCCGUGAUGGGGUCUCCGCGUUUGACAGAAAUGAACCAGGGCCUUCGUUGCCUGACCCUCACUCACUGCAACCCGCUUUCCUCCUCAGUUUUUCAGUUUGAUAUCAGAGAGCUGUGCGGCUCUGUGCCUGGAGCUCGGCCUCUACACUACUCACCACACGGAGACAAACAUGGAGAAGAAUCCAAACAGCAGCACCAGCAACAAAGUUCCGCCCCGUUCCAGCUCCACAGGACCUACACCGGGCGACUCUAAACCCAAAACAGAAGGUAAAAACAAUGGAGGCUCCAAGCGCUACAGCCGCAAACGUGAGCCCACCUUUCCUAAAACCGACAGUUUCCCAGGCACUCGCCGCACCAAUUCACAGAAAAGCAAGAAUUUUGACAAGAGACCCCUUCAGAGAGGUGGACGACAGUCUGGUCUUCCAGGUGGAGGACGACGUGAGGAGGUAGCAGAGACACGCCGGGCCGAAUUUAGCCCGGCUCAAUUUGCUGGACCGAAGAAAAUAAGCUUAAACCACCUGCUGAACUUUACCUUUGAACCACGUGGAGGAAAUGGUGGCUUCGGAGAUGGAGGCCCCUCCUGUUGGGGCCGCCGAAACAAAUGGGGCCACAAGCACAAGCCCUUCAACAAGGAGCUUUUUCUGCAGGCCAACUGCCAGUUUGUGGUGACUGAUGACCAGGACUACAAGGCCCACUUCACUGAUCCAGACACUCUGGUCAACUGGGACUGUGUGCAGCAAGUGCGCAUCUACAGUCAUGAAGUGCCGUCUUGUCCUAUCUGCCUCUACCCUCCUGUGGCAGCACGCAUCACCAGGUGUGGACACAUCUUCUGCUGGCCGUGCUUGCUGCACUACCUGUCUCUGGGAGAGAAGAGCUGGUCCAAGUGCCCCAUCUGUUACGAAGCAGUUCACACUGCUGACCUGAAGAGUGUUGUUGCCAUGGAGACCAGGCAGUAUUUAGCUGGUGAGUUAAUCACCAUGCGUCUGAUGCGGAGGGAAAAGGGGUCUCUUGUGGCCAUGCCCAGCUCUCAGUGGGUGAAGGUGGAGGAGCCUGUUCGCUUUGGAGAUGCAGGUCUAAGCCCGUACUCCAAGCUGUUGCUGACCUCCCCUGCGCAGGUCCUGAGCCUGGUUGCAGAAGAGAAAGCUGUUCUGGAGGCUCAACUCAGCCAGGAGGAGGACACCCAAGGGUGCUUCAUCCAGAGUGCGCUUUGUCUUUUGCAGGAGCGAGAGGAAAUGCUGAAGAAGCAGAAGGCUAAUGCAGAAGACAUCCUCGACUUCUCCUCCCUGACUCUAGAACAGUCUCCUUGUCCCGUUGAAGAAGUGGUUGUUCACACCAGCAGCAACAAGCCUGUGCUACAGUAUUCCUCUGCAUUUGAUGAUGAAGUGGAGGAGGACCCAGAGACUGAGGAGGACCCAGAGACUGGGGAGGUUGCAGAGACUGAGGAGGUUGCAGAUGCUGCUUCUGCAGAGCUGCCAGGCCUCCCUGAAGGCAUUUUGGAGUGUGUCCUGGAGGAGCCUCCAGAGGCUACGAUGGAUGCAGCUCCAGAGCCUGAGCCUGAUGAAGCGAGUUCUGCUGGCCAUGCAGAGUGUGGCCGACCCUCGACAAGUUCAGUGCAUGGACCUUACUACUACUUCUACCAAGCUGACGACUGCCAGCAGAUGUUCCUGCAUCCUUUGAAUGUACGCUGUCUGUUACGUGAAUACGGCAGCCUGGAGGCCAGUCCUGACUCCAUCACUGCUUCAGUGGUAGAGAUAGUGGGACACACCGUAACUGAGGAUAUUCGUCGCCGUCAUCGCUAUCUGGCUCACCUGCCGCUCACAUGCGAGUUCAGCAUCUGUGAGUUGGCUCUACAGCCACCAAUCCUGUCCAAGGAAACUCUGGACACCUUUGCAGAUGACUUGGAGAAGAGAAAGCGCUUAAGGCAGAAAAAAGUGAGGGAUGAGAAGCGCAGAGAGAGGCGUAUUGAAAUAGAGGAGAACAAGAAGCAGGGUAAAUAUCCUGAGGUGCACAUUGGAUUAGAGAACCUUCAUCAUUUUCCUGCAUUUGGGUCCCCGUUUUACUACAGCAGCCCCCCAGUUCAGCCUGAUUUCACAUAUAAUCCCCCCUCACCGCUCAGCACCAGUCCAUCCUCUGACGGGAUGAGAUUCCCUACUCUGAACGGGCAAAGCUCUUCGCCCAUUGUCGGCAGUGUGGAGGACGACUCCCACUGUAUGUCCUUUGCACAGAUGCUAAGAGAUGGGAAAGCCAAAGUUGAUGCUGGGCCCAGAGUCAACCCAAAGAAAGAUAUGCUGCUAGCUCCCCCAGCAGCAGACAGCGAUGGAGAGAGCGACGGGUCAGACCGCGUCCCCGUGCCCAGCUUCCAAAACUCCUUCAGUCAGGCUAUUGAGAAGGCACUUCUGCAGCUGGACAGUGGUCCUGCUUCUCCCCCUCAACCUGUGGUUGAGCCAGAUGAGAAAGGAGGAAAGAAGAAAAAGAAAAAGCAGAAAAUUCUCUUUAGCACAUCCAUGGUUCACACAAAAUAGACCACACUGAAGUUCAAUUACAAUCUGUUUCUUUGUUUCAUCUUCCCACUUCUCUUGUUUUUACUUCCAUGCCGACCUGUCCCAGAACUAAACUAUGGAAAAAGGCUUCACUAAGUAUCAAAGGUGGUGCUUCUUUUAAUUUUUGCUCUUAGAGCAUGAUCCACCUUUUGGGUUGGCACACCAUCAGUUUUAUUUGCAUAUAUUUUCAGCUAGCUCAUAGCUUUGCAGCAGAUUCCUGUCACAAAGCUUCAUAGGAAAACAUUUAUUUCUGAUGCUAGGCAAAGUCAGGAAUAUUGUGACAUUAGGCUUUCCAGUUGUGUAUGUUUUAGGCUUUUUUUUGCUUCCAGAAACAUCAAAGGGGUUGAUGGGGGAUGUCCACCUUUCCUGAAUCAAACCCUGCGAGUUGAAUGUAGGAUCCUUGAGUAAUGUGGUUAAGAUCAUUCUAUGGUGUGUUACUUUAGAAUAGCAGUCAGCCAGCUGCAGGUAUGUGCACCUUCAAAUCUUUCCAGGAUACUCAGUGCUCUGAAAUCUCAAUCUGGUGCUUCACCUAAGAACAGAAAAAACAACAACGAAUAAAUACUUUGAUUUCUUUCAGUGUUUCAUUGGUUAGUGUCAGCCUUUUAAAAAGGACAAGUUUUGGGGAUUGCUGGUUUGACAUAACUGCCCUAGUGUUUUCUAACAACACAAGUACAAAAUGUUCUAAUACCAUAGUGAGGAAGUAAAAACAGUAUUAAAAGAGAUUAGGUCUGUUGGUUCAACAGAGAUCCAGUGUAUACUACCUGGUUUAUCCGUAAAUACGCACUUUCUUCUCAUUCAUUUCCUCCUCGGUCACCUUCUGUUUUAUAAUAUUUACUAACAUUUAACAAUACACCCUGUUUAUUUUCAGUGUUGGAAAGGUGUGAUGCAAAAGAGAAAUGCGACAUUUAAAAAAUGCUGGUGAAACCUGAAAAGAAAGGUGGAUCUGAAAUGUUUUGUUGGAGGGUUCUUUAAGUCACCUUUAAUUUUGAGCAAGUUUAGACUAGUAAGCAUAACUAGUCUGUUGAAAUGAAUAAACAAUUAUGCACAAUCAAAA